AUUAGAAAAAAUAAAAGACAAUAAAUAGUGUUUCUCCUCGAUGAAGACAAAACUCCAAUACUAAGAAUAAAAAAAAUAAAAACCAAAAAGCAAAAGGGAUAACACAAAACCCCUUUCACCUUCCCAAUUCCACCACCACACAGACAAAGCACACCGAAAAUGGCGGUUUCUUCUGGAACAUUCUCCACUUUCCUCUGCAUCAAAACGACAUCUUUCCGCAACCCAUCAACUCCUCUGUCCUCUCUCCGGUUCGCCUCUCACCCGGCGGCUAAACUACGCUUGGUUCGAGCGGUAACAUCUGCGACGGAAUCUUCAGAGCCAACCGCAACCAAUAAGAGAGUGCCACGCGGUAUCAUGAAACCUAGACCAGUUUCACCAGAGAUGCAAGACAUCGUCGAACUUCCUGAAAUCGCUCGCACACAAGCUCUUAAGCGUAUUUGGGCUUACAUCAAAGAACAUGACCUUCAGGUAACUUAACAACCAAGAAUCUCUCUCAGAAACACUCUGGUUUUGGUUUCUCUUAUGGUUUUGUUUCGCUUUCUUCAAUCCGGUGGUUUGAUAUUUUAGGGUUUCUGUAGGAAAAUUGAACGGUCUGGAUUCAAGAAGACAGAAAUUGAAUUAGGUUGUCUUCUUGUUAGUUAUGUAACUUGACCCACAAAACAAGAGAGAAAUACUGUGUGAUGAGAAGCUGAAGAAGAUAUUCGAAGGAAGAGAUCGGGUUGGGUUCCUAGAGAUUGCAAAGCUCAUCGGUCCUCACUUCCUCUGAUGGAUUGUUUCCGCGGAACUUUAUUUGGAUGAUUGUCUAUGUUUUGUUGUUGACCUGUUAUGGCCAUGAAAAGAGAAGGGUAUUUGAAGUUGAGGAAGACUUAGAUUAGUAAAUUAGGUUUUUUUUUGGUUGCUUCAAUUCAAUGGAUGUUAUGUAGUCGUUGCUUCCUAAUGUUGUUUGCGUUUUCGUUUCGAUUUCAGAUUCUAUUUUUCUUGUUUGACUAACGGUAAACGGCUUUUGACAACAUGUUUUUCCGUUUAUUUAGUUUUCGAAAUUCACACAUGUUAGUUACGUUUUAUAAUCAUGUACAUACUCCGUUGAGAAGAGAUUGAGGUAAGGUUUGGAAGACAUAUCUACUAGGCUCAGGGAUUUGUGG